AUGCCCUCCGAUCCGCCCUCGCCUCCCCACGACGAGCUCUACCACGAUCUGAGCACCACCCACAGCUCGUUCUCGUUCUUGAACGAGUCCUCCAGCCACAUCGCAGACUCCCGAAGGGUGUUUUCCGAUGAAUCAUACCAUUCGGCCAACGCUGCCACCACGCCACGCGCCCAGUCGCCAAGUCCGUCUGACACCUCGUUCUCCAACGCCAACUCUGCAUUUCCCACCCCCAACCUCAACCAUCCGUCGCGAAAGACGUCUUUGCGGUUCCAGCUCCCCCAGAACUCGUCUCCCUCCAAGCCACACACCCCCAGGAUCCAAUCGCCGUUCUUGGACCAGCGAAACGUCAUUAUGGAGAACGAGACCUUCGAUUUGCAGAAGCCACUCUCUCCGUUCAUCCAGGAGUCGUUCGACUUGCUGAAGUCCGACGACAACGAGUCCGAGUACUACGAGGCCAGCUCGGCCGACGUGGAUCGAAGGGAGACCACCAUGAAGAGAAACAGAUGGGGUACGACGCGUACCAAGCACGGAAAACCAAAAAAGGAGAACCUCAGCAGAUCGAAGACUUUGAAGGCGCUUCUCAACCCCUCCCUGAGCGGCAGCAUAAGGAGAAGGCCCGGCCGCAACUCCAUCAGAAGACCAAACACUUCGGAGGACAUCAUUGACGAGUAUGGCUCCGAUCAUAACACCGAUGGAGACUCUCAGUCCGAGCCUUCAGAGCCUAAAGAAGCAAGCGACCGCAGGGACGAAAAAAGAUCGAUUGUCUUUAACAAGUCUCUUCCUGCAGAAUUCCUAGAUCCAGAGACCGGCAAGCCAACCACAAACUAUGCAAGAAACAAAAUCAGAACGACAAAGUAUACGCCAAUAAGUUUUGUCCCCAAGAACUUUUCAAACCAAUUCAUCCAUAAUAUUGCAAACGUGUAUUUCCUCUCGUUACUUAUUUUGGGAGCCUUUGAUAUCUUCGGUGUUCCCUCUCCUGUGUUGGCCGCAGUUCCCUUGAUUGUUAUUGUGUGUAUAACGGCAAUCAAGGAUGCUAUCGAAGAUUCGAGAAGAACAGUAACUGACUUAGAGGUCAACAAUCAAGUGACGCAUAUCUUAACUCAAGUUGACCCAUCGUCAAACUUCCACUAUGAGAACACGAACGUCAAUGAUGAAAAGGUCUCUUUGUGGAGAAAAUUCAAGAAAGCCAAUUCGAAACUCUUGUUCAAAACUAUAGACAAAUCUAAAGAAAAAUUCACCAAAGAGGGCAGAGCACAGAAAAUGAGAGAGAAGGCGAAUGAAGCAGUCGAGAACCCUAGAAACUCGUUCGAGAGUUAUCUUCCUAGUGCAAGAAACUCGAUCGAAUCUCAUAAUGCAAACCCAUUCACAGAUGGUAGACCUAGAGGCAGCCAGUACAGUCACCGUCCUGCGCGUACACUCAAAUUUGCAAAGAAAUAUUGGAAAGAUGUCAAGGUUGGUGAUAUGUUAAGAAUUUACAACAACGAUGAGAUUCCAGCCGAUUUGAUCAUUUUGGCUACCAGCGAUGAAGAUAAUUGUUGUUAUGUUGAAACCAAAAAUUUGGAUGGUGAAACGAAUCUCAAGGUUAGACAAGCCUUGAAGUAUGGGUCAGUAGAAGAAAAGAUCUCCAGAGCUGAUGAUUUGAUGUCUCACUCCUUCCAAAUUGACAGUGAAGGACCACACGCCAACUUGUACUCUUAUCAAGGGAAUUUGGUCUACAAUGAUAAACAGACCAACGAAACCAAACAGGAAGCGGUUACAAUUAAUAAUUUACUUCUUAGAGGUUGUUCUCUCAGAAAUACUAAGUGGGUUGUGGGAAUUGUUGCAUUUACAGGUAAUGACACCAAGAUCAUGUUAAAUGCUGGUAUCACUCCAACCAAACAAUCAAGAAUUUCUAGAGACUUAAAUUACUACGUUUACUUGAACUUUGCUGUCUUAUUCGUCAUUUGUUUUGUUCCAGGUGUGGUAAAUGGUUUCUAUUAUAGAAAAUCGGGACUAUCUCGAGAUUUCUACGAAUUUGGUACAAUUGCCUCAACCCCAGCAACUAACGGGUUAGUUUCUUUCUUUGUGGCAUUGAUCUUGUACCAAUCUUUGGUUCCCAUUUCCCUUUACAUUACUAUUGAAAUUAUCAAAACAGCACAAGCAUUUUUCAUCUAUUCUGAUGUGACAAUGUAUUACGAAAAGUUGGACUAUCCUUGUACGGCCAAGUCGUGGAGUAUCUCCGAUGAUUUGGGUCAAAUAGAGUACAUUUUUAGUGACAAAACCGGUACAUUAACUCAGAACUUGAUGGAAUUCAAAAAAUGUACAAUCAAUGGUGUCUCAUAUGGUAAAGCAUACACUGAAGCUUUGGCUGGUUUAAGAAAGAGACAAGGUGUUGAUGUUGAGUCCGAAGCUUUGAUCGAGAGAGAAAUUAUUAGUAAAGAACGGGUUAAAAUGCUUGAGAAUUUGCAUACCAAGUCUAAGAUGAGCUCGUUGUAUGAUGAUGAGUUAACAUUUGUAUCAAAUGAAUUUGUGGACGACUUAUUUGGAGCAAGAGGGGGACACCAGAAACAAUGCAACGAUAACUUCAUGUUAGCUUUAGCAUUGUGUCACUCGGUUUUGGUUGAGGAAAACCCCAAAAACCCUCAAAAAUUAGACUUGAAAGCUCAAUCUCCAGAUGAAGCUGCUUUGGUUGGGACCGCCAGAUCUUUAGGUUAUAACUUUAAAGCCAGUACGAAGAAAGGUGUUAUUGUUGAGACUCAUGGGGUUACCAAAGAGUACCAAAUAUUGAAUGCUCUUGAGUUCAACUCAACCAGAAAGAGAAUGAGUGCAAUCAUCAAAAUUCCAGCCGAGAAAGAAGGCGAGGAACCAAGAGCGUUACUCAUUUGUAAGGGUGCCGAUUCCAUCAUUUACGGAAGAUUAUCGAAGACUCAGAACGACCCUAAUCUUUUGGAGCAAACUUCCCAACAUCUUGAACAAUACGCCACUGAAGGUUUAAGAACUUUGUGUAUUGCCCAAAGAGAAUUGACCUGGAAUCAGUAUGUUGAAUGGAAUAAGCGUCAUAAAGCAGCCGCGUCUUCGUUGGAUAAUCGUGAAGAACAAAUGGAGGCAGUUGCUGAUUCUAUUGAAAGGGAAUUAACUUUAUUGGGUGGAACAGCAAUUGAAGAUAGAUUACAAGAUGGUGUUCCUGAUGCUAUCUCUCUUCUCGGGGAAGCAGGUAUCAAAUUGUGGGUUUUAACUGGUGAUAAAGUUGAGACUGCAAUCAAUAUCGGUUUUUCCUGUAACUUGUUGGGUAAUGAUAUGGAGUUAUUGCUUCUCAAGACAAGUUUAAAUGCUGAGGAGAUUGCGGACUACAAUAUUACAAACUAUGACGACUUGUCUGAUGCUAAUUUGAUUGAUUACAUGAUCAGCCAUUUCUUAUCCAGAUACUUCAAUAGCACUGGACUGGUAGAAGAGUUGGACGAUGCUAUGGGUAAUCAUGACCCUCCUGAUCCUGGCUUUGGGGUAGUCAUUGAUGGUGAUGCCUUGAAACUUGCACUCCUUGACCCUGACACUAAAAGAAAGUUCCUUCUUUUAUGUAAGAGGUGUAAGGCAGUAUUGUGCUGUAGAGUUUCUCCAGCCCAAAAGGCUGCAGUUGUCAAAAUGGUCAAAGAUACUUUGGACGUUAUGACAUUGGCUAUUGGUGAUGGUUCUAAUGAUGUCGCCAUGAUCCAAGCUGCGGAUAUUGGUGUUGGUAUUGCAGGUGAAGAGGGUCGACAAGCAGUCAUGUCAUCAGAUUAUGCAAUUGGACAAUUCAGAUUUCUCGCAAAGUUAAUCUUAGCUCAUGGAAGAUGGUCAUACAAGAGAUUCAGUGAAAUGAUUCCUUCUUUCUUCUACAAGAACGCCAUCUUUACUUUUGCUUUGUUUUGGUAUGGUAUCUAUAACGAUUUCGAUGGUACUUAUCUAUUCGAGUUCACUUAUUUGAUGUUCUACAAUUUAGCAUUUACUUCCUUGCCUGUUAUUUUCUUAGGUGUCUUCGAUCAAGAUGUUAGUGGUAAGGUUUCAUUGUUAGUACCUCAAAUUUAUCGUUCGGGUAUCACCAGAAGUGAAUGGACGGAAUUCAAAUUUUGGUUCUAUUUUAUCGAUGCAAUUUAUCAAUCAGUCAUCUCAUUUUUCUUGCCAUACUGCUUAUACCGUAUAGGAUUUGUUGAUAUGAGUGGAAGACCGGGAGAUCAUAGAUUUUGGAUGGGUAUUGUUGUCACAAGCAUUUCAUGUAUUUCUUGCAACUUAUUCAUAUUGAGUCAUCAGUAUAGGUGGGACUGGUUGUCAGUUUUAAUUGUGACAAUUUCUAUUUUGCUAAUUUUCUUUUGGACUGGUAUUUGGACAUCAGCAUUGGCCAGUGGAGAGUUCUAUAAUGCUGCGUUCCAAGUUUUUGGUUCUGCAACUUACUGGGCUUGUACCGCUGUUGGUAUUGUUAUUUGUUUAAUGCCUAGAUUCUUCUAUGACACUUUGCAAAAGAUUUACUGGCCUAAAGAUGUUGACAUUAUCAGGGAAUGUGUUCAACGAGGUGAUUUUGAUAUGUAUCCCGAAGACUACGAUCCAACUGAUCCAAAAAGAGUUAAGAUCAGUAAGUACAGUACCGAAAUCGGCAAGAUGAAUGAUACUCCUUCUCCUUACACCUAUAAGAACACGGGAUCCACAACUUCCUCGGGAAGCGAUUUCGAAAAUCAAAAUAACUCCACCUUUGGUCAAAGCACUGCAGUUCCAUCAGAUGAACCAGUGACCAAGUUACCUGAGGGUGCUUCCGCGUUGGACCCUAGAAUUAUGAACGAAAAUACUACAGUCCAAAAGGUGGAAAAUAGAACCCUGCCACAAAAGAGAAAAUCAGUUUUGGAUAUUUUCAAGCGCAAGAGCAAAGUAAUGAGUUACUUCGAUAGUUCUUCAAUUAUCGAUACUUACAAUUCCUCGAAUGCAAAUUCAACUUUGGACUUAACAAACAGCAUCAGAACGGAGGAAAUUGCGAUGGAUGAUUUCAAUAACAAUCAAAGAGCAGCAAACAGAAUUUCUUCGGAGGUGAGAAGGAUGUCAGCGCAGUAUGGAGGAGACUCCACGCGCGAUAGAUCCAAGAAAGAUUCGAUUUAA